AUGUCAACCUCCCAAAUCUACCCAGUCUACAAAGUAAAACUCAACCUCUCAAUGCAAGACCCAGACAUGCCCUCACCCCGCUACCACACCAUCCUCUUCGUGCAAACAAACGCCCAAGGCCCAGGCAGCGGCACGAAGCACCACGUCACGGGCGACAUAGUCACAGGCAUGCACUACGAGCCCGUGAGCUACGACGACCCAGAAACAGACGAGAACUUCUUCUCCAAGGAGCUUAUCGGACAUACGCGAGCUCUCAACUACCCGAAGAACUGGAACGAUAUUCUCAGUUCUGUUCCCGCGCCGCCGAAGCAGAAGGCGUUUAAUACAGUGACGAUGAGGACGGAGCCGGUUAAGAGUUGGGAUCCGGUGGUGUUUUAUGAGCCUGGGGAGCCGCGUCGGCCGUUGGUUAAAUGCACGGAGUGGAUUGAGGAUCGGGCGAUUCCGAUUUUGAUUAAUGCGGGCUUAGUCCAGUGA